AUGUCUUCAGAAUCAUUCUCACCCUCAAGCGUUUCCUCUGACGAAGAACCCGUUCACGAGAUGGCAAAUGUAGUUAAAGAAUAUGGAACCGAGGAGCUAAUCGAGUAUUUGCGAAAAAAGAAUUUGAAACUAGAUGACGAAGACCUUGCAAUACUUCGUAAGGAAAAAAUAACUGGUCUGGCCUUCCUUGAACAAACCAAAGAGGAUUUUCGCAGUUAUGGUUUGAAAGGAGGACCAGCAACAGUACUCGCAAAUGUCAUCACGGAUCUCAAAAAAUCAAACACCCCAAAAUCAAACACCGGACUUGUGUAUGUUUUUGUGGACAAUUCCAACUUAUUUAUCGAAGGAAAAUAUACUGUUGGUCGUAUUGAACAAGCAGGAAACUUUUAUUACCAAAGAAAUUCCUACCAACUCAACCAGCUCUAUGUUGAUCAUGGACGUCUUCUAUCAACGGUACUGAAAAGACAAAAAAUAGGCAGUGAUCCGGUGAUUGUUGGCUCUCGUCCACCUCCAAACGAUUCACUAUGGGAUCGAAUUCGUAAACAAGGCUUUAGUGUGACUGUUUAUGACCGUGUCGCAAAUAAAGAAAAGAAAGUCGAUAUGGAACUUGGAAAUUCUAUAGUGGAUGUCACCCAUAUUAAUGAUCCUGGUGUAAUUCUUUUAAUCGCUGGCGAUGGUGAUUAUUAUCCUUCAUUAACACGAGCCCUGGAUCGUAAUUGGAAGAUUGAAGUCUGGUUUUGGUCAUCAGGGGUAUCUGGUGAUCUUAAGAAAAAAUCCUUUGUUUACUACCUGGAUGACUUUUACCGACAUUUUUCAUAUGCGUACGGGCCAGAUCCUGCGGGAAAAAAUUAUAUCCUUGAAAUAACUGAUGGUGAAACGCUUGCAAAAUGGAAUGACGAUGAAGUAAUGAAAUGUUUUGACUCAUUAAAAUUAUUUGGAUGGUGGUUCAGGAAAGAAGGACCGACUAUAUACUUGUACUUCGAUAACAAAACAAAUUUGAGAAAGGCAAAGAAUUGGGUGGAAUCAAAUCAUCCGGGUGUAAAGGUUUGGGAAAUAGAGAAAAGAAAAAGUUGGUCAGAAUAA